AGGGAACUCUGCAACUGGGCUGCUUGGCGGCCAUCUUGGCUCAGCCUACGCAGGCUUUAAAGUUGAAUUUUGAGGGUAGCGUACAUUUUGGAGCUGGUUUCUGAAUGUUUUUGUUUUUAAUGCGCCGCCCUCUUGCAGUGUCAGCUCACAGCCACCGAGAUAGGAGGACGAGCUCACGCCCAUCUUUGUUAGAUUUCAUAAAAACAAGCCAUUCAUGACUCUGGGCUACUGCUGGAGACAGUUUAUGUUCUUUAUCUGAUACUAAAGUAAUCUCUCUGCACUAAAGGUGCUCAUUAAAUUGAUUAUCUUUAGGCUUUUUAGAAAAGUAUUUCAUGUGUGUGUCCCCUUCUUAGGAGACAUGGUCUGAUUAACCUCCCAAGGAGCCUCAGGGCAAACAUUUUUGUUGGUCUCCAAUCACCCCUCAAUAUGCAUAAUUUUGAUUUACUCAGACAAUCAGAAAACAGCUUUCGUAGCAUGGUAUGAAUGAAGACUUUCUUUUACAUGUCCAGACAGGAGAACAACGCAUCAUUCUUUCUCUCCUUUUACAUUAGUUGCAUUACAAAACUGAAACUGAUGCUGCAUUUUCCAACUAAAAACGGGUAUGUCAGUCCAUCUGCACCUUUCUAUGACUCUUCAACAAAUCUUAAAAUCUGAUGAGCAUAUUCAUGCUUUGAAACGUUUUUCUAGAAAACUGCAAUCUAUAUGACAGACAUGGAAGAGAUAUUUAUCAAAUUACAGCCUCUGAUUCAGUCUUCAAAGAUGGGCUCAGUGGAUUUGUAAUUUUUCUGUUAAUCAGAUGCAUACUAAAAAUCAUAAUAUUACACCUUAAAAAUCUACUGUGCAAAAAUGCAAAAGAAAACAAGCUUAGAAACCUUAUUCAGCUAAGCUGAAACGUCAUUCACAAUUAAAACUCCCUUUAAAGUUUUAUUAGUUUAAAGCUACUGGACCCAUGUAGAAUAAAAUAGCUCUUUAUCACAAAGACCACAAUCAUUUCAGUCAGCCUGGGAUUGGUUUUCCUGACUUUUGGUUUAUUUUCAUAUGUUUUGGACAGAAAUACCUGUAUGUCAUGAUGUCACAUGAUGUCACACUGGAUGCCUUGCACCUUAAAUUCAUAACAGCUGAUUGCUUGAUAUGGUCAUUUAUUGCUAUGUUCACCAAUGUUUUUGUUUACAGUGAACAUGUGUCUUAUCUUUCCUCUUUGACCUAUAUUCUCCUUAUUGUUUUUUACUUUUUUUUUCCUGUUUAUUUGUUUGUUUUUGGCCCUGUUUGACCGGUUUACGAGUGAGGAGUUAAUUUCCACAUUCCCUUAUCUGGGGCGUUGGUAUAAAUAUGGUUAUGCUGCAGCUCCAACAGGCCAAAGCAAAGGCCAGCCAAGACCUGGAGAUGAGGAGUGACAUAAGACAUGUCAUGAUAACAUGAUUUAUGAUGACAAUGAGAUAAAACAGGACCUAUAAUCAAACGCAACAACUACGCCACAAGCAGACUUUCACAAAUAAUAGAAAUCCGGUGGAAGACAAAAGCUGCUUCUGAGCAUCUGCCACUAAAAGUUAUCAGACUGAAGAUUUAAACCUCUGAAGGCCAAACAGGACACGAUGUCAACAAGAUAUCAGGUGUUUGGGCCCAUAAAUAAAUCAUUAACUUAACUUUUUAAUCUUAAUUAGAAAAUGCAAGACAAGAAAAUAAGAUAACACAAAGUUGUGCAACAACAAAAGCAAUAAAAGGGCGAACUGUGUUAUUUAAAUGUUCUCAUGUAUUCAUUUACUAACCAAUUAGUAUCAUGGAAAUUUUCUUCUUAUUAAUCAAGUACUCUGACAUAGAAGUGUUUUUCCUAGUAACCAAUUAUUCUUAGGUGUUUUUUACUUAUUAUUUUUUACUUAAUACUUAUUAAUUACUCUUUUUACUUAUUACCAAUUAGUUACUCUUUUAUCAAAAAGAUGUAUUACUUACUUAAAAUAGUUUUGCAUACUCGUUAACAGCUAAUGUUUAAUAGAAACCUGAUCAUUAGUAUAAUAGUGAAAAUAGUGAAGUAUUAAAAAUAGGAAGAAGGCCCACAUGUCAGCUCUACCUUAUACAAAAGAGAAGUGAAAGGUGAAGCGGGGUGUGGAACUGUGCUUGCGUCUGCAAGAAAAUGAACAUGCAACAUGUAUUUAGAGGAAAUUUCUAGUCUGCACCCAUCAAAGCAGAGAAGAAAACCUAAGGAGUAAAAGGUGAUUAGUAGUACUCUAAGAACACAGGUAGGGAAAGUAGUACUGGCCCUGAGGAGCUUUUUGGAACCUAGUACACAUUAUUGGAAACUAAUACAUUUUAAGUUUUUUUUUCUCCUUCAUCUGUUAAUGAGGAGCACCCCUCCUGACUCCACAUUUGUCCGUCUUUGAUCGUGGAAUCAUUUGCUGAUCAUUUUACCUGCAGAUGACGGAUCAUGGACAACACUAGUCAUUGUGAAGAGCAGACAACUGUCUUUCUUACCAAUGAGGACAAGAAUGAGGUUUACAGGAUUCCAGCUCUGUUCUUCGACAGACACAAUAAAGUUCUCUUGGCCUUUGCUGAGAAGAGGAGGACUUCAAAUGAUGCCACCACGGAGGCGCUGGUUAUGAAAACAGGAAAGUUUGUCAAAGAUGAAACCAACCAUCAGACAAGAAUUCAGUGGUCAGAGUCCACAAACGUGGUGGAGAAGAAGCAUCUUGGUGGAUAUCGUCCGAUGAAUCCCUGCCCAGUCUACGAAAAGAACAGCGGAAAACUUUUUCUGUUCUUCAUCUGUGUCGAGGGUACUGUUUCAGAAGCAUGGCAGAGGUUCUGGGGCAUCAGCAAGGCCCGGCUCUGCUACAUCACAACCACAGAUGCUGGUCAAACCUGGACGGAUUUAACUGAUCUCAGCGACAAACAGCCGGAAAUCAAGGAAUGGGCCACGUUUGCUCUUGGGCCGGGUCAUGGCCUUCAAACCCAGGCUGGGAGGUUGAUUGUUCCAGCUUACGGAUAUGGCUCUUGUUCCCGGUCAUGUUUCUGUAUAAGCUGUUUUUGUGCUGUUUCACGUGCACUGUGUCUGCACAGCGAUGAUAAGGGUGCUACAUGGCAAUUUGGUAAUAUGCUGGAAGAAAAAUCAGUUGAAUGUCAAAUGGCAGAAGUUUCUGAUGACAAAGGAAACAGGCUCUACUGCAAUGCUCGUAGUGAGGGAGGUUAUAGAGUGGAAGCUGUCAGUGAAAAUAGUGGAGAAGAGUUUUUGACUCUCCCUGCUGCUGGGAAGCUGGUGGAAACAGGUAGAGGCUGUCAGGGAAGUGUGGUCUCCUUUCCAGCUCAGCCUGAAAAGGCCAACUCAGCUCAGGUGCCACAGUGGCUGCUUUACUCCCACCCAACCAGUCAGUCCAAACGUGUUGAUCUAGGAGUGUAUCUGAACAGAUCCCCACAGGAUCCACAUGCUUGGAGCAAGCCCUGGAUCAUUAACAAGGGGCCCAGUGGUUACUCAGACCUGGCUUACAUUGACGAGGGCUGGUUUGCGUGCCUGAUGGAGCGUGGUGAGGCGUCUGAAAUCGAACAGAUAGCAUGCAACGUCUUUAGCUACGAUCAAGUCAAAGAAAAUGUUGGCUUAAUUAAAUAAAUAUUUCCUGAUCUGUCUUAAUACUUUAUGAAAAAUGAAGUUAAUUGAGGAAAUGUAAUUAAUUAUUAUCUGUGCAGUGAAAUCAGCUUCAUAUGAUCUAAAAAAAUAUGGUGUUUAACUGAAAUUUCAUCCAAAUUAUGUGUAAAACUAUAAAUGAUUGUAAUAACCUAAAAUGAGUUUGACACCAAUCCCACACAAGCUUCUCAGUCCUUUUACAUUUCUCAUUCACACAUUGCUGAGGUUAGAAUUAAUGCACAUGGACUGUGACACCAUGCAGUUUGGGAUGGAUGGAAAUACUUGCCUUUUACAGUUUCUGGUGAAACUGUUCUUCUGAAAUAAAAACAAAUAAUAGAUAACCUUGUGGAAAAACACACCAGAAUAUUGUUCAUUCUUGGCUUCUCUUCCUAAAUUUUGUUUUGUGUGUUUCUGCAUCAAAUGUUAUGACUUGUAAAAAAAAUUUAAUCCAGAGAAGUUGUUCAGUGAACAGACUGAAAAUUAUUUAUUUUGUCCUUGUCUCUGUUAAAUAAAGAUUUAA